UAGAAUUCCCCCUCCCCCGCCCCGCUCGAUGCGCUGACCCGAAUCCCAGCAAGGUCAGAUUUGCAUUUGCAUUUGCUAUGCCAUUUGGGAGUUUCUCAUAGAACAAGCCAGGUUACAUAAGAUGAGCACAGGAUUCAGCGCAGAGAUCUUUGCGCAGAAGCUUUCGAAGCUUAAUAUUGCACAACAGAGUAUAGAGACUUUAUCGCACUGGUGCAUCUUCCAUCAUCGUUGUUGCCAGGAAGUUGUUGACAUAUGGAAUAAAGAUUUUCACUCAGCUCCUCAAGAGAGAAAGAUAUCUUUGCUGUACCUUGCAAAUGAUAUUAUGCAGAAUAGUAAGAAGGAUGGCAUGAGAUAUAUACAUGAGUUCUUGAAGGUCAUCGCUGCUGCCUUAGAUGACCUGUUCACCAACGGUGAUGAUUUUGGACGAAAUGUUGUAAAAAGACUGGUUGACAUAUGGGAAGAUCGCAAGUUGUUUGGCACCCAAGGACAACUCCUAAAGGAAGAAUACACCCGCAAAUUUAAGGAGCUAAAGUCGAAAAAACCAGGUGGAGAGCUGGUGGAGAAGGUUAUAUCGAGCUACAAGCAUAUGCUGCGGGCACCUGUAGAUGAGGCCAAGUUGAUGAGAGAAUGCAACAGUGCUCUAAGCUUUGUUGACAACCUGAACAAAGAGUAUGGAAAUUCGUACUUAGGGAGCAGCAAUGGAUAUAGCUUUGUGGAGGAGCUGAAGGAACAACAUAGUAUUCUGAGAAACACCAUUGAACAAUUCAAAAUGUCUGAAUCACUCAGGGCCACUCUGGUAUCUGAUUUGAAGGAAGCACUCCAUGAGCAGGAGUUCAAGACAGAACUUGUCAGACACCAACUUCGGGCAGCUCAGGUCAGAUAUAGGAAAGCUGAUGACUUCUGCCAGAAGCUCGGAAUAGAUGUACCAAGGCACGAGCCAUCUAAUGGGGUUGAGAACUCCAGUCUCUCUGAAGUGCCUGCUACUUUUCCCCCAGUUUCAGCUAAUGCUAAUUCUGUCGAGAAGGGACGAUCGACUGCAGUGAUGUAUUCACGGGAAGGAGAUGGAGGUGAGCCUGAGACCCUCAACGGCGGUUUUUCUUCACGAGCCACCAGGGGCAACUUUGAGCAGAAAAUAGAAGGGCACCCUCCUGGUACUAAGAGGCAGAAGAUAGAGAAUGGUAUAUCUGUCCCUCAGCCUGAAGCACCCCCACCGCCACCCCCACUCCCGUAUCCUGAUACAUUUGAACAGCCACCACCACCGCCUCAGUAUCCUCCAUCACCAGAGUCUAGCCCACCACCACUUCCACCUUCAAUGCCGCCCCCAAUCCCACCACCACCACCACCACCACCUUCUACAGAUGCAUUUAUGCCAGUUCCUGCUCUUCCAAUGGGAGGAAUGCCAUAUUUCCCACCGUUUCCUCCACCUGUAAACUAUCCCAUGAUCAACAUGCCACCGCCUUUCCCUGGUGCCCCAAACCCUCCUCACCCAGGUUUCCUUGGAUUUGGGGGUCCCUUCUAUGGUCCGCCUUUCCCCUCGGCACCCCAUCAAUGAACAGGAAAUGAGAGUAGUUCGCUUAUCUGCAGAUUAGUAGCGCCAGUCAGCCAGCAUAUGAAAUCGAGGUACAUGGAGCUUUGGAAAACUUGUCAUAGGUUUCGUUUCAUCCUCAAAGGAUAUAUGGUUCGUGAUGAUUCAUCACUGUUAUGUGUUGUGGAGCUUGGAAGGCUGUCCCAGUGUUGUACAUUUUAGUCAGUUAGCCUGAUAUUAGCUUGCGCAGACAUUUAGUCAAGUUGACUGAUCUAGUUGUUCCCAGCUUGGCCAUGGAGUCAAAACUAUAGAUUUCGACAUGUUUGGAUUCUGUUGCUCUGUCGGCCAGACUGAGCUCUGAAAUCGUGACAGUCAAAGACAGAUUCUGUCUGGCAUGACUUGUUGGUAACUCGUUAUUACCUGUAUUCUCUGGGAAAUUGCUGCGACAGAAAAAUACAUAGCUGUUCUUGUGA